AUGAAGAGUCUUGACAUGUCAGUGUGGAUCACUUAUUUCGAGAGACUCUCUAAAUCUGAUCUCUAUAAAGAGUUGGCUCGGGUGAUUGUGACUUCCAAACUGGUUGAAAGUGACACUGGUCUCAAGCUAGUGACAGCUGAAAAGAGUGUAGACAACAACAUGCCAUCCAUCCCUGAAAGAGACAAACAAUUGGCGGACUUGCUUGCCUUGAAAGUGUUUGGAACUGACAGAUCGUCUGUUACUCGGUCUAAGGAAUUGUCCGUAGAUGAGCAAAGGUAUUCGAGAGCAGACAGCGAGCGACGAAAGUUAUUUUUCGCAAGCCUCUUUAAAGGAUUGCGCAGUCAUUGGAGCAGUUGUCAUAUUCCUCUCGAGAACAUCUUGCCUAUUACAAAAACAGAUAAUUUGGAGCACGAGCAACUUAUAUCCAGUCCUCAUCUCUGGACUUUUUUGGAGUACACGGCUGAGCAUAUUGAACCAACUGAAAAACGUGGAGAUUCGAUGUUCAACGUGUUGAAGAUGAAAUUGAGUGAAGAAGAGAUUGCGAGUUUGCUCUCAGUGAUGGCUGAAGAAGAAGAGAAUAUUUAUCGUCCGCUGUCAUUCAGUCUCUUUCGACACUGGAACUCCAAUGGAGAGACCUUGAACUCUCUCACUACGACUCUUGGGUUGGAAAAAGAUCCAAUAUCAAAUCGUAAAAUAAUCGCCCUGUUCAUGUACUACAAGCAUUCUAGUCCAUCCCACUUCGAGAAUGUUUUGUUAUUUCGCAAGUUUCUGGCGACGAAAUAUCCACCAGAAACCUUCGAGAAAGUGUUCAAAGACCAAUUAUAUUCGGCAGAAGGCACUUACGAAAAAGCAUUAGCUGAAGUGUUUUUUUCAGAGUGGUUGAAUGAAGGAUACUUAGUCAAAGAUAUCAAGUCUCGCCUACGUACCACUUCUGGAGAUUUGAAUGACAAGUACGAAAGUUGGAUAGAAAUUGCCAAAAAACACGAAUAUUUCCGGUCGAAACUUAAGGUCAGCGAAGAAGUUCCUUAA